AGUCAUGGCUUAUCUUUUCCCUAGUUGGUUGCUGCUAUUUGAUGGGGCCGAUCGGGACCCACGAGUGAUCGAUCCCUUUUCUGUCAUGUUUCUCUCUUUCUGUCCAUCUCCCUUUGUUUUUCUUCCAUCAUCAUUCACUCGUUCUUCCCUCGAAACGUGAAAAACCCGUACCGUCUUGGGCAAGAAAUAUCCCUGUAAAUACGCACAAGACCCCCUUUUGCAGAAACCCAGAAACGAAAGCGAAUCCUUUUCCCACUACUCCUUUCGCCUCCCCUCCUCUAUCUUCUUCUUCUUCCUCCUCCCCCGAGAAUUUCUCUAUAUAAAGAAGGGGCCGUGCGCGCUUGUGGUUUCUCAGCUCUUCAUCUCCUUCGACCCAGAAAACCCCAACACCCCAAAAGAGAGGAACUUGAUGGUUAUGAGCGUGGGUGGCUUCCCGAGCUUGGCUCUGGGCUGCUUCCUCCUGGUCCUGGCGGUGGAGCCGCGUGUAGCCCAGGGCUCGAGCCGCGGUUCGACGCUCGGCGUCGGCGGCGACGGCGGCAUUGUUGCCCCUCCGACUGCUGCGGGCAUAUGCGCCUCGUCUGUCACGAUACAUGGUUACCAGUGCCAGGAGUUCGAUGUGGUCACUCAGGAUGGAUACAUACUAAACGUGCAAAGAAUACCAGAAGGCCGAGCCGGGGGAAGCGGGGGCGGCACCAACAAGCAGCCAGUCCUACUACAGCACGGCGUCCUCGUGGACGGGAUGACAUGGCUUCUGAACCCACCGGAGCAGGACCUGCCCUUGAUUCUGGCCGACAACGGGUUCGAUGUGUGGAUUUCCAACACCCGAGGCACCCAAUUCAGCAGGCGCCACACUUCCUUGGACCCCACCAACCCCGAUUUCUGGAAUUGGUCGUGGGACGAACUAGUGGCAUUCGAUCUACCGGCGGUGUUCGACUUCAUCCACGGGAAAACUGGGAAGAAGAUAGAUUACGUCGGCCACUCUUUGGGAACUUUGACAGUUUUGGCAUCCUUAUCAGAAGGGAGACUUGUGGACAAGCUGCAAUCGGCGGCUCUGUUGAGCCCCAUCGCUUAUCUCAGCCACAUGACCACCGCCCUCGGAGUCACCGCGGCCAGAGCCUUUGUCGGCGAGAUCACCACGUUGUUCGGACUGGCCGAGUUCAAUCCAAAAGGCGAGCCCGUGGCUAACUUUCUCCAGGCCUUGUGCGCUUAUCCUGGUGUCGAUUGCUACGACUUACUAGCCGCAUUGACCGGCAAAAACUGCUGUCUCAAUGUUUCCACCGUCGAUCUCUUUUUGGAGAACGAACCGCAAUCGACGUCGACCAGGAACUUGGUGCAUUUGUCUCAAACUGUUCGCGACGGCGUGCUGGCGAAGUACGACUAUGGGAACCCCAUCUUCAACGUGAUGCACUACGGGGGCGUGUGGCCACCGGUGUACAACCUCUCCAACAUCCCCCGCGACCUUCCAAUCUUCCUCAGCUACGGAGGCCGGGACGCGCUCUCCGACACACGGGACGUCGAGCGCCUGCUUGACAGCCUCAAGCUCCACGACGUCGGCAAGCUCACCGUCCAGUUCGUCGAAGACUACGCUCACGCCGAUUUCAUAAUGGGAGUGAACGCCAAAGACAUGGUGUAUGGCCAAGUGCUGUCUUUCUUCAAAAACCAGCAGUAAAACUCCUAGGGACUCUAGCCAAAUUUUUACGAAUAGGAAUCGAGGGGAAAUGAACGCGACACGACCAUUUUGCUUUCA